UGCACAUGAUAAUAAACUCCACUUGGUUUCACUUGUUAUAAUUGCGUAAUAUUAUUAGGACAUUAAGUAGGCGGUGCUGAAUUGUAAACACUGGCACCACCCACCAGUAUUAAAUAGGUCUACCUUCUGCAAACAACGAAUAACUGGAAAUGUAGCAAGCCUAUUUGUGACUGCUGUGCAUAAAUAGACUCACUCCUCAUCAGAACUCUAAUACUGCAACAUAACCCAAGGUGCUGGAAGAUGACUGUUAUCAUUAAGACCGUGUUAAUGUGCGUGUAAAAUAAAUUAAACUGCUUGAAGGAAACUGCUUAAUUGCCAAGGAAUGAUGGAAAAUAUUUUAGUGAGAGGACAGAAAAAGACUUGUUUUUAUUCAUCAAUACAAAAUAUGGAUGAAUUAACUUCACAGAAGAAUAUUAACAUAUUUAAGCUAGUUGACAGUGGUGAUAUAACGCUGAUUGAAAAGUUAAUGGAAGAAGACCAUGACUGCCUGAGCAGAAUGGAUGAAGAUAAAUCAAGCCCAUUGCAUCAUGCUGCAGGAGCAGGUCACCUUAAUAUCUUAACAUUGAUCAUUGAACAUGCUAACUUUGAAAUUCUGAAUGUCAUUGAUUGCAAUGGAAACACACCUUUGCACUGGGCUGCAGAAAAGAAUCAAACACACAUUGUACAAACUCUACUUGACAAGGGUGCCAACCCCAACAUCCUGAACAAUAUAUAUUUGUCUCCUCUUCAUGUGGCCAUGUCUUUAAAUCAUAACGGUGUGGUGAAGGCACUAGCCUCACACAAAUCUACAGAUCUGAAUCUUCAAGGCGAUCUUAAAAAUACACCUUUGAUGUUAGCAUGUUCCCGAGAUAAUUCUGAAGGACUGUCCAUAUUGUUGAAUCAUGGAGCAUUACUAUGCAAACAGAAUAGACUGGGUCGUUUUCCUAUUCAUGAAGCUGCAUUUUCAGGAGCAAACAAGACAAUGGAAAUAUUAAUUCGGAAAGGAGAGGAACUGGGUUACUCUCGUGAAAUGCAUACAAAUUUUCUUGAUGAAGGACUCCAUACCCCACUUCAUAUGGCUUUACUUGGCGGAAAAAUUGAGACAAUUAAAACCUGCAUUAACAAUGGAGCAAAAAUUGAUUUACAAGAGCAAAAGGAUAAAUCAACUCCUCUUCACUUCGCCUGCUUGCAGGGGGCUUUUGAGGCUGUCAGGUUCAUGCUUUCUCAAUACAAAGGAGAGAAUGAUAUACUUCACAUUCUGGAUGGCAUUAAACAAACACCAAUACACAAGGCUGCAACAUAUGAUUCCUCAGAACUACUAGAAUAUUUAAUUGAACAGGGAUCAGAUAUGAAUAUGGUUGACAGUGAAUCCCGCACCCCCCUUCUGUGGGCCACUUCACGUUGUGCCUGGAAUUCUGUCAAAAUCCUAGUGAUAAAAGGAGCUAAUGUCAAAAUAAAGAAUUCCAUGGGCUGUAACUUCCUUCAUUUGACUGUCCUGCAGCCGAAAGGACUACAAAACCUCAGUGAAGAAAUUUUAAAGUCCAUUGAAGUGCAUGAACUCCUGGAUGACAAGGAUAAUAAUGGCUGUACUCCAUUGCACUAUGUGUGUACACUGGGUCAAACGGAUUCGGUGGCUAAAAUGUUGGCACUAAAAGCCUGUCUUUACUUGAAAACUAGAGACAAAAAAUCAUCACUGCAUUUUGCAGCAAAUUAUGGUCGGCUUAACACGUGCAAACUGCUGCUGCAGGAUAUAAGUUACACAAAACUACUGAAUGAAGGGGAUGGGACAGGAAUGACGCCAGUGCUGCUGGCUGCACAGCAUGGCCACACCGCUGUGGUGCAGCUACUCCUCAGGAAAGGAGCUCUCUUCAUGCGUGACUACAAGAGUUGGACAGCGUUGCAUUAUGCUGCCCUUGGAGGACACUCUCAGACAAUGGAAGUAUUACUACAAGGUAAUAUAUCUCUGCUUGAUCAAGUGGACGAAAAAGGGAAUACUGCUCUCCAUCUGGCUGCAAAAAGAGGACAUAAUAGUGCAGUACGCCUAUUGCUGGCCCAGGGAGCUGCGAUCGUACUGAACAAGAAUGAAGCUUCCUUUCUACACGAGGCAAUUUACAAUAAAAGAACGGAUACCACUUUAAUUGUUGUUCAAAACGAAAGAUUUGAUGAAUCUGUACAAGCCUUUAUACAUGGCUCUGCAAUGCAGUGCCCAUUAUUGGAAAUGAUUGAACACCUGCCAGAAUCCUUUGCUGGUCUUUUGGACAUAUGUAUGACAGAAUCCUCAGAAGACAAGAAAAGUACUGACUUCUCGAUUGAAUAUAACUUCAAAUAUCUACAAUGUCCACUUAAGUAUAAGAAACUUGUAAACGAGGACAAGCAAAUUGUGUAUACACCACUUGCAGCUUUAAAUGCCAUGAUACACUUCAAUCAAGUUGAACUUUUGAAUCAUCCCGUUUGCAAAGAGUUUCUGAAAAUGAAAUGGCGAGCCUACGGACUACGAGCACAUGUUUUUAACAUGGCUCUCUUUUCAUUACUACUGCUACCAAUAACAUACAUUGUUAUUACUUCACGACCCUUUGCUUUCAUCAAUGAAACACAGAAUGCCCUCAAUGCUACGGAGGGACUGGUGGUGCUUGAGAAAAAAAAUCAGGGCAUUUCAUUCCACACAAUAUGCACAAUAAUUAUAUUUGCCAUGUGCAUCCUAGGCAUAUGCAAAGAGGCUUUCCAAAUUGUACAACAGCGAUGGCAAUACUUCCAUGAUUCAUCUAAUCUUCUAGAUGGGACGAUGUAUGUGGCAUCCAUUCUGUUUGUAAUUCCCUGGGUUUUCGAUGUCUCUCACCCGCUGCAAUGGCAGUGUGGUAUGAUCUCUGCAUAUACGUCGUGGGUGAACUUCCUACUUUAUCUUCAAAGAUUCGAUAUUUGUGGGAUCUAUGUGGUGAUGUUUGCAGAGAUUCUGAAAACCUUGCUUCAUAUUAUGAGCAUAUUUGUCUUUCUCAUCUUUGCUUUUGGAUUGGCAUUCUACAUUCUUUUAUAUGAGCAGAAAGCAUUCAGAAAUCCAUUUCUUUCUUUGAUGAGGAUACUUGCAAUGAUGCUGGGAGAUAUUAACUACAAUGAUAACUUUCUCGUCCCGUUUUAUGAAAAUAAGAUGCCAUUCCCGCUUCUGACAUUUACCAUGCUGACCUCUUUCAUGCUGUUCAUACCAAUCCUCCUCAUGAAUUUACUGAUUGGUUUGGCAGUGGGAGAUAUCGCCGAGGUCCAGAGAACUGCAUCCUUAAAGAGAAUGGCAAUGCAGAUUUAUCUUCAUACCAGUCUAGAGGAGAAGCUCCCCUAUUGGUUCCUUAAUAAAGUUGAUGAAACAAAAACAACAGUAUAUCCGAACAAGCGAAAAUCUGGUAUGAUAAAUGCUAUGCUCCACAGUUUUACAGAAACGCAAAACUCUGAAACGCACUGUGAAAUGAACAAUCAGGCAACUGAUCUGAAGAAGCUUGAAUUACAAAUGGAGAAACAGAAGUAUAGGUUGAAGGACAUUUCUGCAGGAAUGCAGAAACAGCAUGAGCUGCUGAUGCUCAUCAUUCGGAAACUGGGAAUCCCUUCUGAGGGAGAGGACCAUGACCAAGAUGAACAUUCUAGCUAUGUCAAAGCCAAAAGGCAGCAAUUCAAGAAAGCUAGAAGCAAGUGGGAUCUUGCAUUGAAGAGCAUGCAAUGUAGACAGAAGCAAAUAUCACCUUGUUCAUUCACUCACUCUAAUGAACCUGACAACAACAGCACUUUGUAGGAUGACGGUGCAAUAACAUUUUAGUUGAAAGAGAACAGCAACUCUUCUGUCUUUCAAUUUACAUUUAACUGCUUAGUGUUUUACAUCUUGAGUAAAAAUCAAAGUAGGAAGCUUAAAAUACAAUAGCAUUGAUGGUAGAUAUUGGAUACUAAAUUAUACAUUUUAUUUAUUAUAUUCAAUUUAAAUGUGUAAACAAUAUUUAAUGCAUCUGCAUGCAGUUUUAUGCAUUUAGUUUCAGGGAUUAUAACCAUCCAAGUAAAAGAGGUCAUCUAAAAAUAACAAUUAAAAGGAACAGAAUUGCCAAAAGGAGGACCUGGCAUGGUGGAACCUCCGAGAACUAAGGGGGACCACAAAUGGAAUGUGUUAAAAAUGGCUUGUGUAAAAUGGAAUACUUCGUAACUUAGUCAACGUGGCGACUCUUUGCAUAUCUUAGGUAUGCAGAACAAAGAAUAUCAAUGUGACAUGUCACGACAAUAAAGUGUCAUUCCAUUCAUUCAUUCCAAUAUGCUAAAGAUUAUCAGUAUUAAUCUAUUCUGAAUAUGGAUAUUAUAUGUGCCUGGUAUGAACUCUAAUUUGGCCUCUCUAUACUGUGGCUACUGAUAUCUAGAAGACAUUUAAAGAGAAGAAAUCUGGACCAGUGGGAUAAUUUUCCAUCAAGGUCGUUGGCUAUAGCUUCACAGCACAAGCUGCAUAACCUUGACAAAACAGCUUUGACUGAAAUUGAUUCCUUGAGUAUCAGAAUCAUUGUGGAAAAGAAUUAUGGGACUUUCACUGCAACAGAUUAUUAACUAAUUAGACAAAAUUAAUGUUGUGAUAAAAUGUUCAAAGUAGCUAGCAGUUCAUUGAUCUGAUGAGGUCAACUCAGGGGGAGUUGACCAUCACAAGAUACAAUUAUCUUUAAAUGAGGAAAUUGUUUCAUUAUGUUAAGUUAACACAAUAAUAUAUCUGAAUACAUUUGGCUUAUUUGGUGCAGCAAGUUCUUGAAUGAACUUUGGAGUUGUCCAAUGUGGAACAGGUACUGAAAUGUAUUGACUAUGUUCAGUCUGAAGAUGGGUCCCAAACCGAAACUCCACCCAUUAUUUUUCUCCAGAGAUGGCGCCUGACCCGUUGAGUUACUCAUUGAGUUAGCUAUUGAAUGUACUGUUGACCUAUUAAAUCACAGUUUGAUCUUUAA